AUGGGUUCCAGCGAGUCGAAACCAAUCUCCUCACAUGUGUGGAAGGCCUCAGCGCCUAACGGACUGUCACAAGAUCUCGUUGAUUCACUACAAUCCAGCAAUGAGACCGAUGCCUCUCGUUCCAAGAUAGUCGAGCUCCAGAUCCAGGCCCGCGUGGCCGAGGAGCUCAAGAAGCUACAGCAGAAAGAGGCCGAAGCUCUCAAAAUAGCACACGAGAAACUCGCCAGCGCCGAUUUCAAGGAUGACAACAGCACGAGCCAGUACACCGUUAGCAAGGAGAUUGAAGCCAUGCGUGAGAAGCUGGAGUCACGCAAGCAAGUGCGUCCUCUGCCCGAGAGUGUUGAGGGAGCGCGCAAUGAAGUCAUUCGAUGUCUGCGGGAGCACGACCGACGGCCGCUUGACUGCUGGCAGGAGGUGGAGAACUUCAAGGCCGAAGUUAAGAAACUUGAGAAGAGCUGGGUCGAGAAGGUCGUCUCGUAG